CUGUCUUCUCCCCGAAGAGACCUAAAAUCAUUCGUGACUAUGGACAAAUAUGCAGCUCUGUCUUUUUUCCAGCCCCAUAAUACCCGUCAGGCGAUUCGGGAUUGCCACGAGGGUAAGAUUCCACCUAUGUUGUGUGUCUUCUUUGGAAUUGCGUCGAUUCCUGUAAGCCGGCUUCUGGCCCCGUUUGGCUUCGAUGCCAUUUGGUUUGAUUGGGAACACUCUGCGUGCAAUGUCGAAACGAUGACAACAAUUGUUCACGACACCAUAUUCAUGAGCGGGGGCCGCACCAUCCCGUUUGUCCGCGUCCCCGGCCACGACCAGUCAUUGAUUGCAUACGCGAUGGAUGCUGGUGCUAGUAUCAUUGUCCCGCAAGUCGACACUGUUGAGCAGUGCAAGUUUGUCGUCUCGGCCACUAAAUUUGGAGCCAAGAACAAUGACACUCGCUCAGCACACCCGUUCCGUCUGCUACCCGGUAUCAGUGACGGAGUGAUGCUUGGCGAUGACCUGCACCAGUCUUUGAAUAAUCAGGCAGCCGUCAUGAUCCAAAUCGAGAGCCGGACAGGCAUUGAAAACCUUGAUAACAUUCUCACCGAGUGCCCUGAUGUUGACAUGAUCUUCCUCGGUGCCCUCGAUGCCCGUGUUAGUAUGAGUCUACCCGCCAACGUCGGCAUAGAUUGCUUCGAGCCCGAAUGGGUUUCUGCACUGGACAAGUUCAAGGCUACUAUGAAAAAGCAUAACAAGGCCCUAGCCGUCUCCAAAUUUGGAGAAGAAACAUCAAGAAGCUAG